AUGGCAUAUCUGAGUGUGGCAUCCUGCACUAUUAUCAUCCUCACCGCCAUCCUCCUCUCUCUCCAUCCCCUGUCUAAGCAAAAAACGGACAGAGUCAGUUUUCGGCUUAUGUUAUAUGCGUUAGCUGGAAGCGUUGUCUAUUCUACCGCUACAGUUAUAGCGAUACGUGUCCAUGGCCAAACGGCGUGUCGUGUCUCAGGAUCGUUCUCAGUAUUUGCCUUGCAGAUAUCGUCCUUCUUUUUUUUCUGCAUCGGACUCAACCUUCAACUGGUCAUGAUAUAUGGAAUUGAUGGCACAAGGGCAGAAAAAUAUUACUUCUGGGGGAGUCUAUGUUUGGCGAUAGUGCUGGGAGUUCUGACUUUUGAAUCCAAACAAUUAGUAUAUAGUACUACUCAAUCUGUUUGCUAUUACCACGAUUCCAACCCUGUCAGAGGCUUGUGGUGGCGAAUCUGGACGCAGAACCUCUGGAACUUCGCUACUAUGGCUGGAGAAUUCGUUACAUUUACUUCGGUAGUCGUAUACAUGAUUCGUGUCAAGGUCUUCAACUCAGGUCCCCAUCGCGGAAGUAAUACGACAACUUCAACGCAAUCGCAGAGAAUCUCAGCAUCACGCUACUACCGCAAGCCUUUUGGACCUAAGCAGUACCGGAACGUCGUGCUACGUAUCGCACUCUAUCCACUCUCAUCGCUAGCCACAUCGGGAAUCAUGGCUAUCGGGACCGUCUACCGUCCAACCAAAGGAAUAGCAAGCUCUUCGGAUUUGAAAGUUAUGAGCGCCCUUCGCAUCGUUUACCAGGCUCGUGGUGCAGUUUAUGCUCUGGUUGCUGCUGCGGACCCUGCAAUCACUCAAGGCCUGAAAGUGCUAUACGGACACUACGUACGGGGUCAGACAUCUUCAUCCUCAAACGGUGUCGGAAUUGUUGCUGUUCAUUCGGUCGUUGCUCGUCCCUCAGAUGGUAUCGAACUGGAGGAGUUGGCUCAUUCAAAGAACGAGAUUUUACGUCGGCCAUCCUUUCGCGAAUCUAAAACCGACCUCACUCUUCCUUCAAUACCGAGACCAGCUGUGUUGUCCGCUCACGGUGCUCAGGUCACCACCAGUUGGAGCUAUACUUGCACAUCGACGAACACGACGAACACGAUCAGGGACGCGAUCGGUGGAUCCCAAAUCGGCUCAGACGGCGUUCAGUUCUCGUACCCAGAGCUAAGGCAGUUGUAA